UUCAAUUCAUUGACUCUCUCAUUCUCAGCCAAUUCUCGUUCUUUCUCAAAAAACCAUUGUGAAAUAUCUCUCAUUUUUAAUUUCUCAUUCACUUCGCUUCUUAAACUCUUACAAUUUUAAUUUCGUCACAUCUUUAUUUUCUUUCUCCUCUCCUCUUCCUUUUAGAUCUUCUCAACCAUCUGUAUAUCAAAAUCACAAUGGCUCUUUCGACCACCAAGGGAACCUCCUCUUACUCUUUCACCCAACAAUAUAGAUAUGAUGUGUUCUUGAGUUUUAGAGGAAAAGAUACCCGCAAUGGUUUUACCAGCAAUUUGAAUGGUAUUUUGUGUCAUAAUGGUAUUAACACUUUCAUGGAUGAUAGACUUCAAAGAGGAGAAAAAAUUUCCACUGAACUUCUUGAAGCUAUAGAAAGUUCAAUGAUUUCAAUAAUUGUAUUCUCUAAAAACUAUGCAUCUUCCACUUGGUGUUUGGAUGAACUUGUCAAGAUUCUUGAGUGUAAAAAUAAUGGCCAAGUGGUGUUUCCGGUUUUUUACAAGGUGGAUCCAUCAGAUGUACGUGACCAAAAGGGAAAUUUUGGAGAAGCACUCGCAAAGCAUGAAAAAAAAUUCAAGGAUGAUAAAGAGAAGCUGCAGAGAUGGAGGGCAGCCCUAAAUGAAGCCAGCAAUAUAUCUGGUUGGCAUUACAAAAAUGACCACCCUCAAUUUAGAUUUAUCAAAGAAAUUUUUGAAGAGACCUUAAGUGCCAAAUUAAAUCGUACACAAGUAUUUGUUGUUAGAUACCCAGUUGGAAUAGACUCUCGCAUAGAGGAAAUAAGUUGCCAAUUAGAUAUUGACUCAAAAGAUGUUCGCAUGUUAGUGAUCCAUGGUCUUCCUGGAAUAGGUAAGACAACAAUUGCAAAAGCUAUUUUUAACUUAAUUGCAUAUCAUUUUGAAGGAAGUAGCUUUCUAGAGGAUGUUAGAGAAAAAUCGAGAACAAAUGAUGGAAUACUCCAACUACAACAGGUACUUUAUUCUGAGAUCUUAGGGGGAGGAAAUUUGAAGGCGCACGGUGUAUUUAAAAGAAUCAAUGUGAUAAUAGAAAUGCUUCACCAUAAAAGAAUUCUUUUAAUUCUUGAUGAUGUGGAUACAUUAGUCCAAGUAGAAAAUUUGCUUGGAAAAUGUGAUUGGUUUGCAUCUGGAAGUAGAAUCAUUAUCACAAGAACAGAGGAAAAGGUAUUAUCUACUCUUCAAGAAGAUUGUCAUCUAACUUACUAUAACUACAAGGUUAAGGAAUUAAAUAAACAUGAAUCACGCGAACUCUUUUAUCAACAUGCAUUCAAAGGAAACAAGCCUACGAAAGAUUAUUUGGAGUUUGUAGACCAAUUUUUACAUUAUGCCAAAGGCCUUCCAUUAGCUUUAAAAACAAUAGGUGCUGAUUUGUACAAGAGAAAUAUAAAUUAUUGGAAAAGUAUAUUAGAAAAGUAUAAAAUAUUUCCACAUCCAAAUAUUCUACAAGUACUCAAAAAAAGUUACGAUGGAUUAGACCCAACUCAACGAGAUAUUUUCCUUGAUAUUGCAUGUCUCUUCAAAGGAUUUCGCAAGGAAGUUAUUGUUGACAUAUUACAAAGUAGCUAUUGCUAUGACCCGUUAUGCGAUAUUGAGAAACUUAUCGAUAAGUGCCUCAUAGUUGUUGAAGAUGGAAAAUUAUCAAUGCAUAAUUUGAUACAACAAAUGGGUUUUGAAAUUGUUCGACAAGAAUCGGAAUUGUCCAAGAAACCUAAAAAACUAUUGUGUUAUGAAGAUGCUCCUGAAGUACUAACUGGAGAUACGGGAUUAGAUGAAAUUCGAGGCAUAUCAUUGUGCUUCGCACAACCAAGGAACAUGCAAUUGAAUCUUGAGAAGAUGAAGGGUCUCAAAUAUUUGAAAAUUCAUAAUGUAAUUUGUGAAGACCUUAAAUCCCUUCCCAAUGGGUUAAGGUUACUUGAUUGCAGUGAAUUUCCUUUAUCAAUCUUUCCAUCCACCUUUGAACCUACAAAACUCGUUGUACUCAAAAUGCGAGGGAGCCACAUUGAAUUGGAUGAGCAUUUCGAGAGAUGUCGGUUCGGAACAUUGAAAUAUAUGGAUUUCUCAUAUUGUAAAAAUAUUACAAAGGUGCCUAACUUAUUAGUGAUUUCCCCAAACAUAAAGACAUUGAAACUUAAUGGAUGCAUAAAUUUAGUUGAGGUUCACCAGUCCGUUGGACUUCUUCGAAAGCUUGAAUCCUGGUAUCUCAAUUAUUGCCAAAAUCUUAGAAUUUUACCAAGAAACCUCCAGUUGAAAUCUCUUAGAUGGUUUUGUCUUAAAUGGUGUGGAAGUCUUAUGCACAGAAUGGAAAGAUUAGCGUUGCUUUCAUCUAUAGGAUAUCUCAGUAGUCUUGAUGGGUUAACAAUAAGUUUAAAAAACGUGAAAGAUUCAAGUAACAUCUCUAAUUUACGAAAUCUUAGGUCGCUCGUAUUGUAUGAUUGUGAAAGUUUUCCAGAAGCCAUGAAUACUUCUAGUUGCUUCCCUAAAUUACAAUAUUUAGGUUUCUUUGACAGCAACAUUACUACCCUCCCUAAAAUUGCACGAAUAUGUCCGAAAUUAAAAACCUUUAACAAUCACCGUUGCUGGAACCUUCGGGAAAUUCCAAUGCUUCCACCUUAUAUACAAGCUGUACAUGCAAGAGGGUGCAAUUCGUUGAAUUCACAAUCUAGAAGAAGAUUAUUGAGUCAGUUUGGAGAUGUAAUAGGACUUCCACAGAAUUUAGCAUGUGGUUAUUCUAAUAUGGGAUCAUCGCAUCAGGAGUUUGGAUCUGAAUUGGCCUUUGCUUCUAAGUGGCCUAGUUAUAACCUUGCACUUCCAGGAACUACAAUUCCAGAGUGGUUCAACCAUCAGAGUGAUGGACAUUCCAUAUUAUUCUCAGUUGGUCAGAAAUUUCCAUCAUUUGCUUUAUGCGUUGCUUUUAAUGUGAAACCCAAGGAUAAUGUGCCAUUUCAAUGUCAAGAUUUUCAUUGUUCUAUCUACUUGUACAUUAAUGGUUUUGAAGAAAGGCUCGCGAGAGGCAAAUUUUCACUUGAUUCAUUAAAUUUUAUGUGGUUCCAUUAUAUAAGUGUUAGACAUGACUUGUUGAAACACAUAAUUUUAGGUGAUUGCGAUCGCAAUGAUGUUACUCUUCGAUGUAAAAUUUUAAAUCACUAUGGCAAAAUAGCAAAAGUUACAAUAAAAAGGUGGGGGGUCCAUGUGGCAUGCAUUUGUCCCCCUCGGAAUUCUACUGUAGAUAUGAUAUUAAAAGAAGUAUCUUUGGAUGAAGGAUUAAAAUUUUUUUUAUCUAGAGUGGCUGCAGAGGUUCUUACCUUUGAGAGAGAGAUGGUCGGACACUCUGAAACCCAAAAGGCCUAUUAUUGCCCUCUUUGUGAAAUAGCAGAAGAUUCAGUCUUACAUCUAUUUCAAUGUUGUCCCUAUGCCAAAGGAAUGUGGUAUGUUGGUAGAUGGGGUUUUCGUGUUGAAAUGAUCCAAGCUAACUCUGUAAAGGAGUUCAUUGAACAAAUACUUGACCCCCCAAAGGAAUUACUAGCAGAAAGAGUCACCAAAGAUGAAUUCACACUAUAUGCAGUAAUGGCGAUGAAAAUCCUUUGGAAUGCACGGGGAAAAACUCUGGUUUCAAACUCUAAAGCAAGCAUAAAGCAGCUAGCCCAUCGUCUUAACACACAGUAUGACUCUAACUUGAGAUCAAUUGGGACUACAAGGGGAACUGAAGAGCAAAACAGGGAAAAUGCUUGGACCAAACCACCUGAUCAACUGGUAAAGCUUAACUUUGAUGCAUCAUGUGAUCAAAAUAAUGUAGGCUUGGCUGUGGUUGUUAGAAAUCAAGAAGGGCAUGGCAGAGCAAUCAGACGUGGGAUAAGCCUCUGCAAUAAGAUGGCCAAUGCCAUUGGCAAAUGAGGAGAUACUUGAACAAGUUGUGGUAAAGGGUAUAAAGCUAACAUCAUCAAUUCCAUUGCAAAUCCAGCUUGCAAGCUCGGCUGGGAAUGGAAGAGCAUAAUGAAGGAUAUUUUGGUUUUGGCUUCUUUUUUUCAGAUAAUAAUGUAGUACACAGUCUCAUAAAAUGGGCACUAGGGUCUAAAGACUCUAGUCUAUUGUUGCGUGUAAAUGUUUCCCCAACAAUAAAAAGGGCCUUGGCUGAAGAAAUGAGAACCUCUUCAUUCAAAUUCAAAGAAAUAUGACAAGUCACACAUCCUGGUGGACUUGCAUUCAUUUUCUGCUGUUCUUCAACAUGUAUGUUUGGACUACGGUUUAUCAAUUUAUCAAUACUUAGCACUAGUUCUGAAAGGUCACUCAGAUGCUAAUGAGGUCUCUCUUGGAAUCUUUGAUCCUUUUGAAGUAUGACCAGGCUACUUGUCUUGGGCUAUGACUCUCAAGAAAGAGGCCACACCAGAGAAUGAUGCUUCCUAUUGGUAGUUGAGGAAAGUUGUUGAAUCACUCUGGGGCAUCCCUCAUCAAGCAAUAAAUCCCAAUGAAAGAAAGCAAUAACAGAUUUUCAUGUUCGAAUCCAUAACCUGCAUUAACAUCGAAUACAUCCGAGUCAUGCAGCAGCCUACCAGCCUCUACUGUUUCAAGAUGCUAUUGUAAAUGAUCCACUUGAAUAAAUCAAUGAGCUGAAUAAAUCCAGAGGCCAAAAGCAGCUAGAAAGGUCAGGAGGAAGAGAAAUAAGAAGAAUGGUGUGGGUGGUGGUACAAUCAUGGUCCCCUGGUCCUAUGCUAAUGGAGGUUAAGAACAUUCUUCAAACUUAGAUACUUUGUACACGAAGAUCUGGGACAUAACAAAUUGUAAUUAAGUUGAACGAUCUGCACCUAUCCUCAUCCAAUUUUGGAGAUACUAUUAGACCAACUUAUUAUUUUAUUUUGUGAUGUAUUUAGUAGAAUUUCACGGACAGUGAUUGUGAAUUGAUAUUAUAUAUGUAAUAUUCAAUUGUGAUUUUCAAAAUUAUAUACGUAAUAACAGUGUAAUGAGAAACUUGACGAAACUAAUAUCAUGAAAGUUGUAAAGGAAAACUAUUUUAGUAUCUCUAAA